CUGGUCCCUCCUGGUCCCCCCUCCUGGUCCAGGUGUCCUGUCCCUUCCAGUCCUCUCCUCGGCUCCUCCAGUCCAGCGGGGGGCGCUGUUGGCGCCUCCGGGAGCGUGUUUCUCUUUGUUCUGCGCGCUGCUCCGCACCGGCUGCGUGCGGAGAAGCCGCAGAAUGUGCGCCGUGCAGCUGCUGCGGGCGUCGGUCCACCAGCGGAUGAGCGCCGCCGCUGAAGACUUUCUGCUGCGGCUGGAGGAAGGAGAAGAAGCGGCGGAGCUCGCGGCGCUGAGGGCGCUGCUCACCGAGCGGCUGGCGGCGGCUGCGGAGGAGAUCGUCGGUCUGUUCGAGGAGACCGUGGCGGAGUACGAAGACCGAGUGGAGCGAUCCGAGCGGGAGAUCUGCCGCCAGAGGAGGCUGCUCGAUGCCGUGCUGAAGCCCCAAGUCCGGCUGCACAGAGCCGCUCAGGCCCCGCUCAGCUCGCCGGGAGGACCCGGAGACAGCAGCGAGCGCACCUCCGCUGGCCUUCACAAUAAAAGCCUCUCCAGCCGAGAUGGACAAGACGCUCAAGAGUCUCUGAACAUCUCAAACCUUCAUCCUCCGAUCGACCUGAACCCGUCUGACCACGACCACGUUGACAGCGACGCGUCCUCCCCGCCGGACAUCCCGCCCAUCUCGGCGAGCAGCGACCAGGACAGCGACUGGGCGGAGCGCCGGCGGCCGGUCGGACCCGUGAGAAAGACGCGGCGCGGUCAGACUCCGCUCGCCGUCAGGAGGAAGCGGAAACGGUCGAGUCCGGCUCAAAGCUUCAGCUGCUUCGUCUGCGGACGAGUCCUUCAGGGAAAAGGAUUCCUCCUCAAACACGUGCUGCACGUCUGCGCCUCCGACCCCGACUGUCGCUGCGGUUUCUGCGGCGAACGCUUGGACACGUCAGACGGACUAAAGCUUCACCUCCAGACUCACCAGCAGAGCAGCAAGACCUGCUCCUUCUGCGGGAAAACCUUUCACUCCAUCCUGGCGCGGGACCUUCACGUCCGGCUGCACACCGGAGAGAAACCACACAGCUGCCACGUCUGCGGCAAGAAGUUCAGCCAGAAAGGAAACCUGACGUCUCACCUGCAGGUGCAUGCGGCAGAGAAACCGUACCAGUGCAGCGAGUGCAGCCGCGCCUUCUGCCACCUGACGUCGCUGCAGCGCCACAUGGACGAGCACCGCGGCGGAGGGAUUCACACCUGCAGCGUCUGCAGCCAGGAGUUCAGGAAGCGCCGCAGCCUCCUGCGUCACAUGACCACGCACGAGAACGGCGCCGCCCACAAACACAAGAGGUUCCGCAGCUCGGCGCCGUCCUUCUGCUGCAAAGUGUGCGGCGACGCCUUCGACAGGAAGGCGUUCCUGAUGAAGCACGUGGAGACUCACCUGCAGGGGCCGGACCGCUGCUGUGGACUGUGCGGACACCAGUACGAGUCCGCCGACAGCCUGGCCUCACACCUGCGCUCGCACCGCGAGGCCAGCAGCACCUGCCACGUCUGUGGGAAGUGCUUCCCGGGACAGUCGGCGCUGCAGAUGCACCUGAGGAUCCACACCGGGGAGAAACCCUACACCUGCACCUUCUGCGGCAAAGCCUUCAACCAGAGCGGAAACCUGAAGACGCACCUGAAGAUCCACACGGGCGAGCGGGCGUUUUCCUGCAGCCUCUGUGGCAAAGGUUUCACCCAGAAACAGACUCUGGACAUUCACGUGCGCUUCCACAACAAGGAGCGUCGCUUCCUGUGUCAGGUCUGCGGCAAAGGCUUCAUGCAGGACGUGGACCUGAAGAGACACAUGCUCAUUCACACCGGGGAGAAACCGUACAGCUGCCCCGUCUGCGGGAAGAGCUUUCAGGCCAAACGCUCCCUCAACGGACACCUGAAGGUCCACUUAGGCGGCAGCCAGGACCCCGGCCCGGACAAACACCGAGCAGAACCACAGGGGACAGACGACUUCUACUCAGGAUUUAUCCAGCUGUAGACCAGGACCAGGACCAGAACCAGAACCAGGACCAGGACCAGAUACAGAGCUAGGGUAAGAGCCAGGACUGGGAGGAACCAGAACCAGGACCAGGACCAGGACCAGAACCAGGACCAGGACCAGACUGCCGGUAGAGACUCUGUUGACUGCAGAACAAAACUACUCAGUCGUUUCUAAAUGCUCCAGAACCGGUUCUCUGCUCUGAUUGGACGACAGUUAUUGAUCGUCUCAGGUUGUUUGUGAUCAAUAAACGUGUUCGUUGUGACCGAGUUUGUUUCCUUUAAAGCAUCUGAUCGUUGAUCAGCUGUGAAGAAUAAAAUCAAAGAUUAAACAAA